CCUUGAACUUCUGGGCUCAAGCUGCUCCCACCUCAGCCUCUUGGGUAGCUGGGGCUACAAGCAUAUGCCACUGUGUUUGGCUAAUUUUUAAAUUUCUUGUGGAGACAGGGGCUCACUGUGUUGCUCGGGCUGGUCUCAAAUUCCUGGCCUCAAGUGAUCCUCCUGCCUUGGCCUCCCAAUUUGCUUGGAUUACAGGAGUGAGCCAUUGCACUGGCCCCAGAGAGGUGGCCGAGUUGCAGACGCAGAGAUGCAGAUCUUUGUGAAGACCCUCACAGGCAAGACCACCACCCUUGAGGUCGAGCCCAGUGACACCAUUGAGAAUGUCAAAGCCAAAAUUCAAGACAAGAAGGGUAUCCCACCUGACUGGCAGCAUCUGAUAUUUGCCAGCAAAGAGCUAGAGGAUGGCCGCACGCUCUCAGACUACAACAUCCAGAAAGAGUCCACCCUGCACCUGGUACUGUGCCUGCGAGGUGGCAUUGAGCCUUCCCUCCACCAGCUUGCCCAGAAAUACAACUGCGACAAGAUGAUCUGCCGCAAAUGCUAUGCUCGCCUGCACCACUGUGCUGUCAACUGCCGCAAGAGGAAGUGUGGCCACACCAACAACCUGCGCCCAGGAAGAAGGUCAAAUAAACCUCUUCCUUCCUGGAAGGGCAGCCUCCUGCCCAGGCCCCAUGGCCCUGGAGCCUCAAUAAAGUGUCCCUUUGGUUGACUGGAGCAGCAAAAAAAAAAAAAAAAAACUUUGGCAAGAAAACAAUUAUCAAUGUGAAUCAGGAAGAAUUAUUUUUUAAAUGAGGUGGACAAAACUGAGUUUCGUCUUAAAGGACAAAUUCUUCAGCUUACCCUGCAGGCUGCCCACACUCCUUCUGGGAGGACUUCUCCACACUAGCUGUAUCUUGCUGCUCAGCCUCUGCUCCUGGAGUCCUGGAACACAGGCAUUUGUAUCUUUUAAAAAAAUACAACCAGUAAAUAUAUACCAAAUGUGGAGGUGGGUCAAAGAGAUGGCUCUAUCAGGAUCUGAUAAAGUCUAUGAGCCAGAAAACUGACCUAAGGUCAUAAAGGUUCGAAUAGUUUGAGGGGGCACAAGGGCCUUCUGGGUUGCUAUAAAUGUUCUGUAUCUUGAUCUGAGUGGUGGCUACAUAGGUGCACUUCACCUAGGCUGCAGUGCAAUGGUAUGACCAUGGCUCAUUUGGCCUCUAACUCUUAGGCUCAAGCAAUCCUCCCACUUCAGCCUCCUGAAUAGCUAGGGCUACAGAUGUGCAACACCACACCCAGCUAAUGUUUUAAAUUUUUUGUUGUUUAGACAGGGUCUCACUAUGUUGCACAGGCUGAUCUUGAUCUCCUGAGCUCAAGCAGUCCUUCUGCCUCAGCCUUCCAUAGCGCUGGGAUACAGACACGAGCCACUGUCCUUGGCUUUCAAUGAUAAAGUUUUAAAAAAAGGACCCUAUGUGGAUCUACAAUAGGGAGCUUUGCCCUCAAGAUAAGAAUAAUCAUUCCCUAGUAUAAGCCCCAGUAAAAAAGAAACAGGAGCAAACAGCAACAUUGUUUAAAAUCAGGGCAAAAAGUAAUGAGAGAUGUGGUUCUAUCCAAGAGACAAACUGCCCAUGGAUGGAACUACAUUUUGCUAUAUACAUAACCACUCAGAGAGAAAGAAAGUCAAAACCCAGAAAACUCCCAAGUAAUGCAGCUUGAACAGAAGAGUGUCUCUCCUAGAAGGCUACCACAUUAACAGCCCCUAGUUUCCAGCAUGAAAUCCCACAGACCCAGCAUAGCUAGUAUUUGGCUCUCUCACCCUGUG